AUGAACACCUCAUUUGUCAGCGUCCUUCACCUGGACGGCCUGUCGCAGCUGUACGACUACAGGAUCCCUCUGGCCGUGCUCCUCCUGCUCAUCUAUGGCUUUGUCAUGCUCAGCGACGCCACAGUGGUCUACAUCAUCUGCUCGCGCCGCUGCCUUCACCGGCCCAUGUACGCCGUCCUCGUCAACUCCGCCAUCGGCAGUUCCUCAAUCUAUCCCAAGCUCCUGUGGGAUUUAUUUCAAGGGAAGCGCGUGGUUUUGCUGUCCAGAUAUGAGUGUCUUUGCCAGGCUUUAAUCGUGGGUUUUGUUGGCGGUUCAAGCUUUCUUCUUCUGUCAGCCAUGGCGUUCGAUCGAUACUUGUCUAUUUGCCAUCCUUUACGUUACGCCGCGUUGAUGUCUCCUAGAGCCAUCACUGUGUUGCUGCUGAUGUGCUGGCUAGUCCCCCUGAUUCUAGUCACAUGA